GGGGCGGGGUGUUGUUGGUCGGCGGAUCCUCAGUCAAAGCACCGGAGUACCAGCGGCAGUUUGGGAGCGCCUCAGCGGGCAAGUCUGCGUCCAAUACGGGAGAAGCCAAAGGGGGGAAUCCGCGAUGAGUUGGGGAACGGAGCUCUGGGACCAGUUUGAUAAUCUGGACAAACACACUCAGUGGGGGAUCGACUUCCUUGAGCGCUACGCAAAGUUUGUCAAGGAGAGGCUGGACAUAGAGCAGAACUACGCCAAGCAGCUACGGACCUUGGUGAAGAAAUACUGUCCCAAGCGCUCUAAAGACGAGGAGCCGAGGUUCACAUCAUGUCUGUCCUUCUACUCUGUGCUGAACGAGCUCAACGACUACGCGGGUCAGAGGGAGGUGGUGGCGGAGGAGAUGACUCACAAGGUGUACGGGGAGCUGAUGAGGUACAGCCAGGACCUCAAAGCUGAGCGGAAGCACCAUCUGCAGGAGGGCAGGAAGGCCCAGCAGCAUCUGGACCAUUGCUGGAAAUUGAUGGAAAAUAGUAAAAGGAAGUUUGAGAGAGAGUGUAAAGAAGCAGAGAAAUCCCAGAUCACCUUCGAUCGGUUAGAUAAUGACAUCAAUGCCACCAAAUCGGAGGUGGAGAAGGCCAAGGCCCAGUUCUACCUGCGCACCCACAUGGCCGACGAGAGUAAGAACGAGUACGCCGCCCAGCUGCAGAACUUCAACGGCGAGCAGUGGAAACAUUUCAACAACGCCAUACCGCACAUCUUCAAGAACUUGCAGGACAUGGACGAUCGUCGGACGGUGAAGCUCGGAGAGACGUACCGGAGCUUCGCCGAGGCCGAGCGGAGAGUCCUCCCCAUCAUCUCCAAAUGUCUGGAAGGAAUGGUUUCCGCUGCCAAGGCUGUGGACAUGCGACGGGAUUCAGCGAUCGUGGUGGAGUCGUUCAAGUCGGGUUUCGAACCCCCGGGCGACUUCCCCUUUGAGGACUUCAGCCAGAAUCUGAGCCGAACGGGGUCCGACGGGACAAUCAGCAACACGCCCAAAGGAGACCGGGACAGGGAGGGGCCCCCGCCGUCACGAACCGACCCGAAACACCCGAUGAGCAGAACCAAGAACAAGCUGUGGCUGUUUGGGAAGAAGCCCAAGUCCCCUUCCUCCCUUCCUCCUCCACCACCUUCCUCAUCCUCAUCCUCCUCCCGUUCCCGGUCCUCCUUCCCUCCACCCCGGUUCAGCACUGAUUUAGUGAGCAACUAUCUUGCUGAGAAAAAGACUACAGUACCCAGAAUAACCCAGAAGAAGGGCCCGAGAAGAGGGGCCCCGUCUCUGGAGGAUUUCAGCCACUUACCCCCCGAGCAGAGGAGGAAGAGGCUGCAGCAGAGGAUCGACGAGCUCUCCAGAGAGCUCCAGAAAGAGAUCGAUCAAAGAGAUGCCCUGAACAAGAUGAAGGACGUGUACGAGAAGAAUCCACAGAUGGGAGAUCCCACCAGCCUGCAGCCCAAGAUAUCGGAGACAAUGUGCAACAUGGAGAAGCUGCGGUCGGAAAUCCACAAAAACGAGACUUGGCUAUCGGAGGUGGAGGGAAAGCAGAGCUCCAGAGGGGACAGAAGACACAGCGCUGACAACCACCAUCACACUCCCAUAGGCAGAGAGAGUCCUGAGGGCAGUUACACCGACGACACCAGUCAGGAACACCAAACGCCCCAACAGCGGCCCAGUCCCCCGAAGCCCGGGCAGCCGCACCCCGACAUGCACGAGUUUGACGACGAGUUCGACGACGACGACCCGCUGCCCGUCAUCGGACACUGCAAAGCGCUCUACUCCUUCGACGGUCAGAACGAGGGCACCCUGGUGAUGGCAGAAGACGAGGUGUUGUACGUCAUCGAGGAGGACAAAGGGGACGGCUGGACGAGGGCGAGGAAGCAGAACGGAGGGGAGGGCUACGUCCCCACGUCCUACGUGGAAAUCACCAUGGAGAGGAACAGCAAAGGUGCUGUCACCUACAUCUGAAGCACUGUGGUCUGUCCUCUCAUCCCGUCUGUCUCCCCCACUGUCCUCCCUGCCCCCCCCCCCCACCCCCUCUCCCCUCCACAUACAAAGUAACCCUACAAAGAGGAAAAAAAGGCAGCAUCUCAACACCCGCAUGGACAUUCAUCUGUUUUCUGAUUUCCAUCCCGUCUCUCCGUCCUCCUUGUGUCUAACCCUGCAUUCAUUCGUCCUCUCUCGUGUCUGUGGCACUGAUGGUCCUGAGGUGAGUCUCUGAGCACAGAGACCUGUGUGUGUGUGUGUGUGUGUGUGUGUGUGUGUGUGUGUGUGUGUGUGUGUGUGUGUGUGUGUGUGUGUGUGUGUGUGUGCGUGUGUGUGUGUGUGUGUGUGUGUGUGUGUGUGUGUGUGUGUGUGUGUUAACAAUGUCUCCACUGCUGUUUUAAGCCUCUUGUCAAGGCUCCGCCGCUUCUUAUUGAUCAAGUUCUAUGUAAUAUAUUAGAAACAGUUUAUUUUUAAUUAUUGUUAAUUAUACGUUUCUUUUUUUUAAUUUGGAAACAUUUUAAAAUUAUUUCAAGAUCUUUUUAGAUUCUUGUGUCGAUAUCAUUUAAAGAUGUUCUGAUUUUAUCUGUUGUUUUGCUCUCAUUGCUGUGUUUUCAUGCGUGCGUGUGUGUACAUGACUUUUAUCUGUGCCAUCGCCCUAAACAUGCUGGUUGUACUUUCAGAGCACAGCUGGUAGUUUUAAAGGACCAGGGCCGUUGUUCUUUAUUUUUAAUUAUUGCCAAACAAUAUCAUUCAUGAAGCAGAACCCACCCUGUCGAGCCUGUUGGUUCCUACUGCAGAUGCAAAUCUUAUCACACAAAACACUAACUAACGACUCCUGAACUCUUUACUGUAAAGUGCACUGCAAAAAUAUGGAAAUAAAACUUUUUAAGUGUAAUUGAUUUUGCAAUUAUAUUUAAACUCCAAAUUCACUCUCUCCGACUCGCACAGAUACUUGAUAGUGGGAUCAAUUCAGUUUUUAUUUUUCCUAUGGUAAACUAUUCCAGCCAUUUUUGAAACCUCCAGUUGAGAGAUUAGGGAAGUGUGCAGCGUAAUGAUGCUUUCACUUCGGUUGUAGAGGGUGUACUAAUAGUUCCUUUCAUUGUCUCUGAUAAAUCACGUAUUUAAUGUUAUCGCUCACUGUUGAUCCUCUGCUGCUCAAUGUCCCAACAACGUCCCGUUUGAACUGGUGUCACUGCAGCCAACGCCUCGCAGUACAAACAAAGGUGCAGAAUACUGCGUAUCAGAACAUGCUGCUGGCAUCAUCACAUCAGCAGUUCUUAUGCAUUCGAAGGGGAGGCUGACUAAUAUUAAAGUAAUAUAAUUUAUUUCUUUCCAUCUAUCCUCUACCUCGUCGUGAUCGCUCUCAUGGCAGAACGGAAGACUAUUGUCUUCAAAAGCCCAGCGCAUUGUCGGUCUCCCCAAAAUGAACGUUUUUUUUGUUCAAGUGCUAUUGAAACACAAACGGACUUUAGUUUGUGUGUCUGUGUACGAGCGCUAGCUGCAGCCCCUCGUGUGUGUCGUAGUAACUUCCUCUCUUCUCUAUGUGACUGCAGGUUCCUGAGGGCUGCAGGGUGGCCGGGCGAUUUGAUUGGCUGGUGGAGGGCUCACGCUGAUUGCUGAUUAUUGGUGGUGGUGGUGGUGACACUAGAGAGAGAGAGUAAUAGGGGGCGAGAGAGAGAGAGAAAGUGGAGGCCGGUUUGCAUGUCCGCAUGCUCACAUAUCCAUAAACGGCAAAGCAUUCUGUGUUAAUAGAAGAAGCCCGGUGAGCAAGUGGCCUUAAAGCCAAAGAAAAGCCGCUGUUAUUGUUUCAAAAGUGUCGGCCAUUAGAGGACUGGGACCUGCAAGCGUAUCUUCAAGCUGUUAAAAGCUUGACGUGGUCAAAUCCCUCUGCUCUUUUUGUUUGUUUUUUUUACCAUAAAAAGAGCCUGCUAGGACCUCACUAAUUGGCUAACGGAGCGUUUUAGCAGUGAAACUGCUGGUGUUGUUUUGGCUUAAUUUCUGGAAAUACAGAAUCAGUAACUUUGGUGAUGAGCUGAUUUUUAGUCGGAGAAUGGACCCUCAAAUUUAAGAUAAAAUCAUCUUUCGGGCAGUUAUCUUAUAUCUGAUGUCAUUGCUGCACUCGUUUGUCAUCGUCAUCGUCUGUGCUCUGUUGGUGAUGUCUGUCUGCCUGCCUGCCUGAGCCACUCUGCUCCUCAUGCCUGCCUUCACCUUCAUACAGUCGCAUGUCCACGAGUAGGCCUUUUUUAUAUCUGUGCCUUUAACUGCAAGUGCACAUUGGCUGGGAUGCGCUUUGAGUGCUGUGUCACAUUUUAAUGGAGGCAUGAGUGUGUGUGUGUGCGUUUAAUGCUACUCAGAUUUACUCAUUAAACAGAUAGACCGACGAUCGGGUGAACAGGACCCCCCUCUUCCUCUUUCUUUCUCCACAUUUCCUCUGUUCUUCCCGGGUUGUAAUACCACCAGUUGACCAGCAGGCGGCAGCCUUCCCUCACCUGAAAGCAGCUCAGGCCGGACUGAGCUGCUUUUAAUUCCACCAAAACAUGAGGAGGAGCGGCGGCGUCUUUUGGAGUCAGACUUUGCCUUGAACCCCGUGUUGUUUGACUUUCACACACAUAUCUGAGUGUCUGUCCUUGUGCCUGACUACAUCUCCCAGCAGCCACCUGGCUCAGCCUCACCCUCCUGGUGACACUCCAGUGCAUCUCCAUCAAAAAAAGACUUUUCCAAUUUGAAUCAGUUGUUUUUGUGAAUGUGACAACACGGCAUGUAGGCAUGUAUCCACACACGUAUGCGGGAGCCUAAACACGCCCCCCAAAAAAUAUUGAAAAAAAAACAAAAACAGGCCAAAAAUAAAGAAUUUUGGCCUGUUUGGCCCUUGGUAACAAUUGAUCUGCAAACAUGUGUGGACUGUUACAUGUGUGACGGUUGUUUUUAACAUUGAAUGAUUUUUACAUAAUGUUUAAUGUCAUGCUGAAUGUGUUUCCAUGGUGAUUGUUUUUAGGUUUGAAUUGAACUGAUGCACUUUGCCCUGAAGUUCUUCAGCGUUUGAAUCUGAUUAAAUGGAGAGUAAAGAGUAAAUGAAUGAGGUUCUGUGUUGUGGAGAGAGGUGUGAACUUUAUAAAUGACCACUGUGUAGCAGCGAGAAACAGAAACAAGUCUAGCCAUUUUUUCUUUCUUGACUUUUAUACUCUUUUUGUAACUCUCGGGAGGCGAUGAUCAACUUCUAUUUUGCAUGAAUUUUUGAAUUCUUUGACUUCCUUUUUUCUCUGGUGAGCGUUUAACCAUUUACUGAUUUUUUUUUUUCAAGAGUCUAACAAAACUGCACAUCUGAAGUGAGGUUUGACUCCCCUUUUGAAACUAUUUAAGACAAGAAUGCCCCAAUGACUCGCUGCUUGUAGAUCUUAACAGCCGGUGUCGACGCCUCAGCUGUAGUCAGUGUUUCUUCGGUGAAGCUGUGAAAUGUACAGGGCGAUGCUGUCGGUGUUGUUACUUGAACUUUGGUUACGCUUCUCCACAUUCUACUCACGGAUCUGUGCUCGUUUUGCAUCAGCCAAAUGGUUAAACGUUGAGCGAAGUUUGCCCUCUGCCACUUGAUAUUUUUGCAUAUUGUACGGAAUAAACAAAGAACCCUGGCCAGCUCUGUCCAGUUAUGCUAAGCUAACCUGCUGCAACUGCAGCACAGACGUGAGAAUGGCGUCAAUCGUGAUCUACUGUAGCUCUGCAAGGAAGGGAAAAGGCUUAUUUGUGAAAGUGGCCUGUUUCUGUAUUCUGUUUUUUUCUUUUUUGUGAUGCCUUUGCAAACCGGAUCCAUCAGUGCUUUGUCUUUUUUUUUCUUUUUCUACACAUUUGUUUUGAAGUUAAACUGCAGCUGCUAGCGUGCCUGAUUCCUAAAAUCAGACUGAAACUUUAUACUUUUCUGAAAGAUAAACUAGGAUAUACGACGUUUGCAGUUUAGUAUUGCAUAUUCGAUUCGUUUUGUUCGACUGGUAAUACAAUCACACUGGUUAACCGUGGCUGUGACUAUUCCUUCUUUUCAUUAUUUUUACUUGUUUAGUCUAAAAUAUUUCAAGUGAAAUAGUAAAUAAUGCCUAUUCAAAAGUCAGCCGAUGUCUUCCAGUGUUGGUUUUGUUCUAAAAGUCCAAAACCCAAACCUAUUUAAUUUAUGUUGACGGGAGAAAGGCAGCGUCUUUGAGAUUUUUAGUUUUUGCUAAAUGACUAAUAGAAAAAAGAGCUCGCAACAGUUUGCACUAAAUCCAGAACCGUUGCCUAUAACUGUAAACAUGCAUUUAGACAUAAACAAUGCAUCCGUAGUGGAGAUGAGGAUCCUCUGAUCCCACAUUUAUGUAAACCGUACACUUCAAAUGUUUCAUAAUCCUCUCAGAUUUCCUGUGUACUGUCCCUUUAAUCACAAAAUCGAUAUCAGUGGUAAGCAGCAAUUUUGGAAUGAGCAAAACUUUCCAAAAGUCCCAUCAACGGUUACAAUGUAUUAUUAAUAUACAUGUAUAAAAACUGUUAGCAAGUAUUAUAACAGCCACCGUGCUGCAUUCCUGAAUAUUAUGUAACAACCGAUAACAAAGCGGCUUUCAGAUGUUGAAUAAGAUGAAGUUCUUGUAGAAUUAUAACUUCUUUACUGAAACGUGCCAAGCUAAGUGGAGCGUUAAUCAUCCCCCGCUUCCUCUGAUCCAUUCCUCUCGUUUCAAGCUCGUUUUCUGAAGAUUUUAUUUUGCGUGGAAACGGAUGGUGUACUGACUAACUGCAGUGAAUGCAAACCGUGAUUCUGCAGGACACUGACGUCCAUGUAAAUGUGUUUUUAUCAUGUGUAUAUGUUGUAAUAACCAAUGGCAGUACUUCUUUCUAUUUUGUGCACAUCUUUUACUUUAAAUGUUGUCAGACACUUUGAUUUUCUUUUUCUUCCAAAAUACUGUCUAAUAAAAUUAAACUGCA